AUGGUGCGUUUGAAUGACCCGAAGCCCCUGCGCUGUUUCAAAUGUCUAGAGGUGGGGCAUGUCCAGGCCCUAUGCUCUUCUACAGUGGACCGUAGCAAUAUCUGCUAUCGUUGUGGGGAUGUCGGACACAAGGCUGGUCAGUGCACUGCCACUGCCGCACGUUGUGUCCUCUGUGCGGAGGCAAACCGUCCGGCGGAUCACCGGCUUGGGAGCCAAGCCUGUAAAACUAAGGCAAAGAAAGGAAAGCAGACGCGUGAUGGCUCAAAGGCCCCCUCACUCGCUGCUCCGGCACCCACUGAGGCGCCGACUAUUGAGGCAGCGGCUAUGGAGACACAAUAA